CAAGUGUCCACUUUGAUCACGCGACUACAGCAGCAACAUUGUCUGGGGGGGUAAAGUUUCCUUAAAGGCUCUCUUCCCUCUUCCCAUCGGCCGUCACUCCCCGUGGUCGAUCUAAUUCUGUCAGAAUGGGGGAAGAGAGGGGGGGCAGGCGGCUCUAUCUACAACCAUAGCCCCAACCAGGCAAAGGGCAAAGACAGUGAGCUCCUUAAUUUGGUCUCUGUCCGUCUCCCCAGCCUCAUCCACUGAGACGGAAGUCAGUUCUCUGGACCUUCUCGCAGUCACCAAAGUGUUUGACUUGGAACAAGGAAAGAAAACGCAGAUUUAAGUGAAUGGACAAAGAGCUGAAGUGUUUCCAGUGGGUUCAGGUUUUCACAUAUCCUCAGCAGCAGUCGUUCACAUGACGUUGCCGGAUUGGAAUUAAACUCUGGGAUUAAGUCGCGCCGGAGGAGUUUGAGGAUCUACCGUGAAUAUUUGUUUUCAUGGCAACUUAAUCUGCACAAAGGAUUUACUGCUGGGAUUUUGAAACUAUGACAGAAACAGUCGAAGCGCGGUCGUCCACCACCACGAUGGUCAUCGACAGUAAGAACGUAGACGUCGGGCGAGGACCCAAGAAAACCUUCACAGAGCAACUCCACUCCACCUUCAGCUCCCCGCUGGCCUGGAUCUUGGUUCUCGCUCUCCUCAUUACAUGGUCUUGUGUUUUUGUCAUCAUGUUUGAUCUGGUGGACUACAAGACCGUUUCAGGUCGCCCACCUCCUGUCGUCAGGAAGGUUUUAAAGGAUUCAGGCCGUGGAGGAGGUCUCAGCAAGAUCGGCUCUGACCCCAUGAAGGCGGUGAACGAGGCCGUGGAGGAAUCGACUAAUGUCAUCAGUGUGAUGCUGAAGUUUGUUGCCAACCUGGUUGCUCCUGAAGAAGAAGAAGGAAAUCUGUACGCCGUGAGAAAGAAAGGAGAGUUCCUCCCCUCGCGGAGUAAAGUUAUAGGGAUGCAAGUGCAGACGGACGAACCGGUGAUCGAAGUUGUGGAGGAGGAAGAAGAAGACGUGACGCAGGAGGAAGGAGGAGACGGAGAGGAAGAGGAGGCUGCUGGGGAGGAGGAGGAGGAAGAAGAGGAGGAAGAACUAGAGGAGGAGGAUGAGGAUGAGGAGGACUAUGAAGAUGAAGAAGAGGAAUAUGAUGAGGAGUAUGAAAAAUAUUACGAGGAGGAGGAAGAGGAGGAGGAAGGAGUAGAGGAGGAAGGACUAGAGGAGGAGGAGGAGGAGGAGGAAGAAUAUUAUGAGGAGGAUGAGGAGGAAGAGGAGGAGGAAGAAGAAGAGGGGGCAGAAUCUGUAGAUGAUGAGGAGGAAGAGGAAGAGGAAGAAGAUGAGGGGGCAGAAUCUGUAGAUGAUGAGGAGGAAGAGGAGGAGGAAGAAGAUGAGGGGGCAGAAUCUGUAGAUGAUGAGGAGGAAGAGGAGGAGAAAGAAGAGGAGGGGGCAGCAUCUGAGGAGGAAGAGGAGGAGGAGGGAGCAGAAGAGGAAGAACAUGAGGAGGAAGAGGAGGCAGCUGCAGAGGUGGAUCAAGAUGAAGAUGAAGACGAGGAAGAUGAGAAGGAACCUGAAGUAGCUGCAGCUGAACUUGAUGAAGAAGAUGAUGAAGUGAAAGAGGAAGCAGCUGAUGAAGAGACUGACAAAGAUGAUGAUGAUGAUGAUGAUGAAGACGAUGAGGAAGAGAAGGCAGAUGGUGCUUAUGAAGAUGAUGUAGAAGAGUCUGAACCUGCAGCCGCUGACGCUGAGGAUGAUGAUGAUGAGGAUGAUGAUGAUGAAGUUACUCCUGAACCUAUCUCCACCUCUGAGGAUGAAGAGUCGGCGGUGUCUCCCGAUUCUGAGUCUGAUGCACCUGUUGACGUCGAACACAGUGACGAAGACGCAGCCCUGCCCGAUGAAGAUGACGAAAAAGACGAAUACGACAAACUCGACGAUACCAGCGACGAUGCAUUCACUGACUCCUCAGACGUCAGUGAAUCCGCACUUCUCUCCAGUGAUGAGGACGAAGAGAAUGACGAUGACGAUGAUGAAGACGAUGAAGACGACAGAUUAGCUGAGGGUGUCACAACAUCCGACAGCGACGACAUCAUCGCAGAAGACAGCGACCUGGAGCUUCAUCUUCCUCCUAUUCCUGCUGCCAGUGAGGAUGAUGAAGAUGACGAUCAUAAACUCGCUGAAGAGGAAGAUCUGCCUCCUUUACCUGUUGUCCAGGACGAUGAUGACGAUGAUGAUGAUGAUGAAGGAGACACUGAAGACGAUCUUAAUGAUGAUGAUGAGGACCAAUCAGAUGAGGACGUCUCCGUCGCCUCCUCCGAGCACUUUGCAGACGAUGAAGAUGAGGAAGACAGCGAACUCAAAGACGACGACCUCGACUUUGACCCUGAACCUAACAAAGACUUUGACCUCGACCAUUACCUUGACCUUGGCGAAGACGUUGACCUCAACCUUCAGUUUGCACUUCAAAAAGACGACGAAGAUGACAAACCUGAUGAUGUCAUCGACAAAGACAUCCAUGACGACGACGAUGUUGACAAAGAGGAAGAGGAAGUCCUUCCCUUUGAGAGUACAGACAGCGGAGUCUUAGGCGAUGAAGACGAUGAUGAUGAUGACGUCGCUCUUACGACUGAUGAAGAGACCAUCUUCAGUGAUGACAUCUCCAACGACACGGCCGACGAUGACGACGACGACAAAGACGAUGAAGAUGUCGAAAGCAACUCAUUUGAAUUCACCUUCGAUCGAGAAGAAGAAAAAGAAACAUUUGUUGAUGCUGAAAAAGACGACGAUGAUGAUGAUGAUGAAGAUGAAGUCACAUCAGGGUCUUUAGCUAGUGAGGAUGAAGAAGACGAUGAUGAAGAUGAUGAUGUUGAUGGCGUCCUGCUAGCAGCUUCCACUGCAGCAGCGCUCACUGUCCAGGGGGAGGCGGUGAAGACUGAGGCCGACGAAGACGAGGACGAAGACGAGGACAAACAGGCGGCGGAUGAAGACCAGACUGAGGAGGCUGAAGCAGAAAACAUUGUCACCAGUCAGCCUGCCGCUCUUGAGGACGAUGAUGAUGACGACGACGACGACGAGGGGGAGGAUGAAGAGCCGACAGCUGAACUGAAGAAAACCGUAGACGAGCCUGAAGAUACGACCGAGGAGGAGUACGAUGAAGACGACGAUGAGGAGAAGGCAACGGUGGAUGUGAUCAAACCGGUGGCUGAACCCACAGCAUGUCCCUGUAUGCACUCUGCAAAAACCAAAGAGUCCGACACCAAGACUGUGGAGCGGAAAGAGGCUCCAAAAAGAGUUUCAGCGGUGAGAAGGAGAAAAGACCGUGAAGCUGUGAAGGCCGACGAAAAGCCCAAAAGAAAAGGUCUUCCCAGAAUCGCCUUUCUGGAGCCAAAAAUCAGGCGGAUCAGGAAACUUCCUGCUCUUCUCAGAGCCAAGAGAGCUGCAAAGACUCCCACCAAGACUCCCAAAAAAGAGCCGGAGACCAAAAAACAAGAAGAGGUCCAAGAAUCUGGACAAGAAGUCGGGCCUUGCAGACCUGCACCAGUAUACUGCCCGUCCCCACCUGGCUGGUACGUUCAUCACGUCGUCACAGACAACCCGUACCCUCCUCCCACCGUGUCAGCUCCCUCUGCUCCAGUUCUGACCGCUCACCCCGUCCACACCGGAGCUCCACCGCUGCACCCGUUCUAUCAGCAGCAACCAGGGCAGCCGCUGCCGCCACUCUAUGCACAGUAUCAACCGUAUCUACAAGUGCAGCCGGUGAUGCAGCCUCACACGGAGCCGGUGCGGCCAGAAGACACAGAACCAGAAGCUCCAGCUCAGCCUGAGGUCCCGACUCCUGCAGCUGAAGCUCCAGUUCAGGAAGCAGAGACCGCUGAAGGAGAAGUGACGGCUGCCUCCACCAAGAAAGCUGCAACGAAGAGAACCAAGGCUGCCGAUUCAGGAAAAGAGUCUGCAGCCGGCGGAGAGAAAACAAAGAAAGAGCAAACUGCAAAAAAAGAGAAAAGAAAAAGUCCUGCGGUGGCAAAGAAAGAGGCAGCUGCAGAGAAAACCAAAACUGCUGCAGCUGCUAAAAAAGAGCCAGCUGUAAAAGAGAAAACCAAAACUGCUGCAGUUAAGAAAGUUUUUGCAGAGCGAGCUGUGAGAGAGAAACGCAAACCUGCAGCUGCUCAGAAAGAGAAGAGGAAACCAGCUUCUGAGAAGACAGAAGCGUCGGCCGUCAGGAGCAAAGUCAAGGCUUCGCCGGCAAAGAAAGAACCAGAACCAGAACCAGAGCCGAUCAGACUGAGAGCCAGACUAGAAGCUGUGAGGAGGGCGAAUGUGACGUCUCAGGCAAAGGAGGAGAAACCGGCCAGAUCUUCUCCUGAACCCGACAAAACAAGAUCAAAAUUAUUGGCGGACAAGAAAAGAAAAACUGAGAAGGCUGAAAAGAAACCUGUCAAAGGGGCUCAAGAGAAACAACCAUCACAAGCUAAAGAGACCCAGACUGAUGACAACACGACAGAAAAGAAGAAACCAGGCCAGAGAUACUUCCAGUGCAUUUACAUCCCUGGUAAAAAUGCGCAGUACCCCUUGCGACCUUUCACCCCGGCCAUGCCCCCCGCCAUGAUGUCCCCAGCACUCAGGUCCAUGUUGGAGCAGCAGCAGAGAGCAGCGAGGGCGUCGGGCCAAUAGGGCAACCUGAACUCUCACCUCAUCUCCUGCGUCUCCCCGUCCAGCAGGGGGGGGGCCUUAUACAUCCUUAAAGUCUGAGGAGAAACCUCAGACAGAUAAGAGGGGACAGAAAUAUUUUGUCUUUAAUAUAAAUAUGUAUUUAUUUUCUCUCCAUGUGGUCGAGCUCCUGGGGUUCCUGUUGAUAUUUGCCAUCACUGCCACGCAUCGCUUGUGCCUUAGAUUUGAUGUAAUAUCACCAACAUCCAAAAAUAAGGAAGCAUUCAUGUGAAUAUGAAUAUAAAAACUCAGAAUAAUGUACAUAAUGCUUUUGUUUGUAGUUUAGGCUGAAAUAAACGUACACACCUUUGGCAUGUUGGUUUUCAGUUUACUUUUGUAGUCAAGCUUUCUAUGGUACCUUAUUUUAUUUAAUUAAACACACUUUUAGGCAUUUGCAACACAAAUAUGCAAGUUUAUACAAAACUGAUAAAGCAAAAGUAAUAAGAAGUGCAAAUUUGGAAAAUAUUUUGCAUAAAAAGGUAAUAAAUCCUGAAAUGAUUAAGAAAUGAGCAAAACAAAGUUUUGUAUGGGAUUAAAUAUUACUUGAAUACUUUUUUCUUUGAGAGUUUUUAUCAACAGCUUGUAUCUUUUAUUCCUUCCUGCAUCUGCAACAGAUUAAUAUGCAAAUGUUCAAAUCCCAGGAGCUCCCACACGUGAUCCAAGCAGCCUCCCUGUCUCUGACGUGUUCAACGUUGUUGAGCGAUGAAUAAUCACGAGACAUUUUCUUCUUACGCGACCUGACAUCCGGCCGGUGUACAGAGGAAGGCGAGCUCAUGAAACUGCAGAACUUACUUCAUUUAAAUUGAAUUAGUUCCAGAGAUACUUUGACAUGUUAAAGGCAAUUUAAUCAACUAAUCUUUAAACCUCAAAAGUCCGCUUUGUUCUUAUGAAUGAAGUGCAGUAGAAUUAAUACUCCAUAUUGCUGCAUAUGUCAUCACACGGGACCUCAAAGUGUUUAAAGUUGAGCGUCUUUACGUUGUUAUUUUAACGUACUCAGAGACAGGAAGUCUGCGCAGGACGACUUCGAUGUGACCAAUUAAAGAGACACUGUGCCGUCUGCUCCAGUGGAUAAAUGUCAUGUUCAUCAUCGGCUUGUUUACAAAGCCUGAUGCAUUGUGGGGUUUUAUGUUACCUCGCUACCUUACUCAAUGAAAACCUCGACUGCAGAGAACCAAAAGGACGUUUUCGCACGAGGCUCAAUCCUGCUAAUCCUAAUUCCUCCAUGUUUUUGCAGUGAGGCUGCAGUGGUGAAGCUUCAGGUGUGGCCUGUGGACUCGAGCAGCGAUUUAACUGUGAUGUUUGAGGCGUGGCAGUAACGUGGGGCUCCCGUGCUUUAGCCCGCGGUUUACUAAUCCUCAAGCGUUGCAGGUCCGUCCGCAACUUCUUCAAAAGUCUUAAGGUGUGUUCAGACUGAACCGCAUUUCAGAGGUGAUGCAAAUGUUACAAAGUCAGAGGGAAGAUGUGAGUGGAAGCGAACAGUUUGAGAUUUAAUCUAAGUGGUGCAUAAAAAACGCUUCUACUCCUGCAAAAGAAAUGCAAUCAUCCUGCAGCUGCUCGACAAUAAGUGGAGUUCCUGUCACGGUAAUGUUGCUGCCAGGACGCGGUACACUCAUGCAAUUCAUUUGCCAAAAAAGAGACAAGAUGCACAAUAAACUUUGACUGAUAGCUUUAUUAUUUUCAUCUACAAAUGUUCUGUAGAUAUCAACAUGUUAUUCUUUAAGUCUGACAUGUUGACAGGCCCCCUCUGGCCCCUGUGGACCUUCUCAUUGGAUAUUUGUCGAACCCGAAUUGCACAAUAAAACGAGAAAAAUGUUUUGUGUUCUCUCUGAAUGCACCUUUAAAAUCACUCGUUGUUCGCGGUUAGUGUGAAUAUUUAACCUGAGGAAGUAAACUCGGGGUUAAAGAGUGUGUGUGUGUGUGUGUGUGUGUGUGUGUGUGUGUGUGUGUGUGUGCGUGUGUGUGUGUGUGUGCGUGUGUCGUGUGUGUGUGUGUCCGUGUGUGUGUGUCGUGUGUGUGUGUGUGUGUGUGUGGUGGUUGGAGGGCACCUGGCGUUGUACUUCAGGUGUUGUUGGAGGAUUUAUUCCAGUGUGGAGCUGGGGGGGGGGGGGGCGUCAGCUGUUCUGCAGCUGCUGAUAUUAACAGACAGUAAUUACACCAAACAGCUGCAGCUGUGGGAUGUAAUUAUGUUUUUAAAUGUAAUCUAAUCUCACGAGACGGUAAACAACAUAUGAUUGUGUAACGCUAAGUCUUCCUGCCCGUCUCUGUACGGGGGCCGUUUGAAAUGCUACAGUUUGUGCACUCGAAGCAAAGAAAACAACCUUUAAGACCAUAUUAUGUUUGUGUUUGUGCAACACAGUGUAAUGCUCUAAAAGUCAAAACUUUGACCGGACACCUUUACCCACCUGACCACUUGCCAUUAAAGGAUUCCUGUGGAGUUUCUGACCACCGGGGGCGCUGUGGAGCAAUGUUUCGCAGCUGAGUUUUUGGACAUACUAAGAGCUUGACUUGUCGCUCACAUCCCCGGAUUUAUUUAUAUAAAAGAGCGGCCGUGCUUUGAAACGCUCUGCGAUAUCUUUUCAUUUCACACAACUCCCAUUCGCAACAGUUGGUGAAAGUAAAAUGCGUCAAAAUGUAGAAAUGCACAACCCCGUCUGUUUACAGGGCGUCAAACACCUUUUGCAACGGCCCUCGCCGUCUGAUACCGACGCAUGAGGGAUCCUUUGGUGUCUUUAGAGUUGGGAUGUAGUGUAAAGACAAAAAAACACAGGAACUGUCUCAUACGUUGACGCGCAGGGCUCCUGACCGAGCGUCCGUAUGGGACGUUGGGAGUGAGAACAGCUUCUGUCAGAGCUGCAUGUAAACAAUGCAGUGUUUUAAACGUUCAAACAUUCAUAUUGUAGCGUUAGCAUACAUCUGACGAGACUUGUUUGUUAUUUAUCUUUUGAGCACGAGAGAAAACAAGUGAAAUACGAUCUAAUAAAUGAUUUGUUGUUAAGUUAAUGUGACACCAACGUGACAGAGUGAUGGUGGUGCACAGAGUGAUGAUGGUGCACAGAGUGAUGGUGGUGCACAGAGUGAUGGUGAUGGUGCACAGAGUGAUGGUGAUGGUGCACAGAGUGAUGGUGGUGCACAGAGGGAUGAUGGUGCACAGAGUGAUGGUGGUGCACAGAUGCACAGAGUGAUGGUGGUGCACAGAGGGAUGAUGGUGCACAGAGGGAUGAUGGUGCACAGAUGCACAGAGUGAUGGUGGUGCACAGAGGGAUGAUGGUGCACAGAGGGAUGGUGGUGCACAGAUGCACAGAGUGAUGGUGGUGCACAGAGGGAUGAUGGUGCACAGAGGGAUGGUGGUGCACAGAUGCACAGAGUGAUGGUGGUGCACAGAGGGAUGAUGGUGCACAGAGGGAUGGUGGUGCACAGAUGCACAGAGUGAUGGUGGUGCACAGAGUGAUGAUGGUGCACAGAUGCACAGAGUGAUGAUGGUGCACAGAGUGAUGAUGGUGCACAGAGUGAUGGUGGUGCACAGAGUGAUGAUGGUGCACAGAGUGACAGAGUGAGAUUGUGCCACACAGGAUCUCACCCCGGAGGAACCUGCUGCAGUUUCAGAGUAAAUGUUUUAAAGACUUGUGUGUCUGAAUGUCUAGGGCUUGUUUUUGUGAAUGAAAUCUGCAGAAUGCAGCGGGAAAUGAUGACGAUGAGUGUGUUGCAAUAAGAGCGAGAGGAAGAGAUUUAUUCACGUUGUCUUUGGAAAUGUUUGAUCCACUAACUCAUGUGAUGUUUGGUUGUUUUAGAAGGAUCACUUUGUUCAUGUCUCUUGUGUGAUAUGCACGAUGGUGUCGUUUAAAAGGAGCAACAUCCCUCUGCAGGUGUUGCAUACACACUCAUUCUAUUUGUUGCACCUCGUUAGCUUUAGGAGAUGAACAUUAAUGUGUACGCUGCUGUGCUCAGAAGAAAUGAGGAUUGUUUGGACUGUAAUGUGGACAAUAAUGUUAAGUGGUGACAGCAUGUGUGAUGACGCGGACUCAAUCGCAGCUUUAAAACGUUUUAGGAGCCAAUUUAAUGUCAUAAGAGACAUUUUUAGGCUCUUAAGGGCGGAGGCUGUCUGCUGUGGUGUAGAAUACAAUCCAACGUGCAUUUUGUGAGUCUUAUUUCAAUUAAAAUCUGCAGAAAUGUG